AUGGAGAAUGUGGAGGAGAAUAAUCACAAUAUUAUUGGCAACACUAGUGAUCAAGUAGUUAAUCAGGAGAUUAAUGAUCAAGAGAACAACUAUCAUCAAGAAAUGAAUAUUCAAAAGGUUAAUAAUCGAGAAAGCCGCUAUCAAGAUAUCUUUACUCGACCAAUCAAUUUUGAUGAAAUAUUAAAAGCAUAUGAUUUUAUUGGUAAAUUAAUUUCUCAAACAGAAGAAAAUAACAAUUGUAUUGAAUUAAAAUUUCGCACAUUUUAUCAAGCAAAGUUUAUGGAAAAUUAUUAUAUUAGUUUGGAUAAAGUAAAAACAAAUAAAGCUAUAACUUUUACUAUUCGAAAUCAUACAUUACCUGAUUUUAUUCCAUUGAUAGAAUUAAAAUUAAGAUACCUUGAUAAAGAUUUAAAUAAAUUUGUAGAUACAGUAGAUGAUUUUUUGCAAGCAUAUGUGAUAAAACGUGAAGAAGUGAAACGAUUACAAGCUCAAAGUUUUAUUAAUUUAAAAGCUGACACUUCUUAUAGUUUAAUAGAAAUUUACGUUUCUUUAGAAGAAAGUACUGUAGAAAUCAAAUUAAAAUAUAGAGAUUUAAGGUCACCAUUUCCAACAGAUGCAAGUUUAUAUCAAAUAUGCCCAAAUCCAAAAAAUUCAGAACCACAUCGUCAAAGAUUAAAAAAACGUGAAAAAGAAUUUAAAGAUAAAGUAGAAGAAGAUUUAAAAAAAUAG